CUUCCCUGUAUUUGUUUACAUCGACAACGAGAGCGUAGGAAUUUAUUUCUUUAGUUUAGGUGCAGUUAAAGACAGCAGCUGCAGUCAUGCAGAACUGUUACAACGGAGGGGAGCGAAUGCCGCGAGAGAAAAAGUUUGAGAUGGAUGAGAGGCUGGCGAACAAACACAUCCAGACGCUGCAGUUUGUGCAGGAGACAGUCAAUGAAAACAAGGUCCUCAAAAAACGGGUUGAAGAGCUAGAGGAGGCUCAGAUCCACUGUGAGGACCUACACAAAGCUGCAGCAGACAGCAAAGCACAAAUCAAAGUAAUCCAAGAACAGUACCUGAACCGUGCUGAUGAAAUAAAUGCUAUGAUGGCAGAAAAACACAGAGCUGAGAUGAUGACAGUGGUCCAAGAGAAGCUAGAACAAGAGAAGAAAUACAGUGAAGACAUUGUCAAGCUGAGAACAGAGGUGAACCAGCUAGAGAGCACAAACAGGGACCUCAUGGAACGGAUCCAGGAGAUGUCUGGCUCAAAUGCACAACUAGAGGUCUUGGUGGCUGAGAUAGAAGACCAGAGAAGAAUUAUUUCAGACCUAAGAAUGGAACUUGAUGCUGUAAAGAAAGAAAAUGAAGAGCUUUCAGGGGAGAAAACCACACAGUUCUCUCAAAUACAAGGAUUACAGUCCUUGAAAUCCCAAAAUGAGGCUUUGGCCCAGGACUUAAAAUCCAUGGCUCACAAGAACAUGGAACUAUCACACAAAGUCAUGAAACUUGAGGCAGAUUUAAAGGAAAGUUCUAACACAAGAGACCAAAUGGAGCUUAUUGACCAUUUGAAAAACAAACUGGCCAAGUUACAUAAAGAAAGGUCAGUAGCUGUUGAGAAAGAGGAGUAUUACCAAAAACAAAUUGGUGACAUGAGGUAUGAGAUUGAGAAAAUGGGAGAAAAGUUACAGAGUGUUGAGGUUACCAAAGACAGAGUGCUUGAAGAGUAUUAUAAAGUCAUAGCAGAAUUGCAGUAUUUGAAAAAGAACUACUCCAGUGACACCCAGAACAAAAACUUCAAGGACUUUGUGAAGAUUAAACGUGAAGUAGCAUCGCUAAAGGAUGAGAAUCAGCAACUGAAACAUAUGCACAAAGCCGUGUUCACUACCGGGAGUAACACAAAUCUUCCCAUGUUGAGGUUUGAAGCUGAUGUGCCUGUUGUCAAAACAUCAGGCAGCAAAAAGUCGUCUAAGUCUAAGAAAUCUGCUGUUAGUGUGGCAUCACAGUGAGUGUCAGGCUGUUACUCUUGAAGUGUGGCAUCACAGUGAGUGUCAGGCUGUAACUCUUGUAGUGGCAUCACAGUGAGUGUCAGGCUGUUACUCUUGUAGUGUGGCAUCACAGUGAGUGUCAGUCUGAAACUCUUGUAGUGUGGCAUCACAGUGCGUGUCAGGCUGUAACUCUUGAAGUGGCAUCACAGUGAGUGUCAGUCUGAAACUCUUGAAGUGUGGCAUCACAGUGAGUGUCAGGCUGUUACUCUUGAAGUGUGGCAUCACAGUAAAUGUCAGGCUGUAACUCUUGUAGUGGCAUUACAGUGAGUGUCAGGCUGUUACUCUUGUAGUGUGGCAUCACAGUGAGUGUCAGUCUGAAACUCUUGAAGUGUGGCAUCACAGUGCGUGUCAGGCUGUAACUCUUGUAGUGGCAUCACAGUGAGUGUCAGGCUGUAACUCUUGUAGUGUGGCCUCACAGUGCGUGUCAGGCUGUAACUCUUAUAGUGUGGCAUCACAGUGAGUGUCAGGCUGUAACUCUUGAAGUGUGGCAUCACAGUGAGUGUCAGUAUGAAACUCUUGAAGUGUGGCAUCACAGUAAGUGUCAGGCUGUAACUCUUGUAGUGGCAUCACAGUGAGUGUCAGGCUGUAACUCUUGUAGUGUGGCAUCACAGUGUGUGUCAGUCUGUAACUCUUGUAGUGUGGCAUCACAGUGCGUGUCAGUAUGAAACUCUUGUAGUGUGGCAUCACAGUGAGUGUCAGGCUGUAACUCUUGUAGUGUGGCAUCACAGUGAGUGUCAGGCUGUAACUCUUGAAGUGUGGCAUCACAGUGAGUGUCAGUCUGAAACUCUUGAAGUGUGGCAUCACAGUGAGUGUCAGGCUGUAACUCUUGUAGUGGCAUCACAGUGAGUGUCAGGCUGUAACUCUUGUAGUGUGGCAUCACAGUGCGUGUCAGUCUGUAACUCUUGUAGUGUGGCAUCACAGUGCGUGUCAGUCUGUAACUCUUGUAGUGUGGCAUCACAGUGUGUGUCAGUCUGUAACUCUUGUAGUGUGGCAUCACAGUGCGUGUCAGUCUGUAACUCUUGUAGUGUGACAUCACAGUGCGUGUCAGGCUGUAACUCUUGUAGUGUGACAUCACAGUGUGUGUCAGUCUGUAACUCUUGUAGUGUGACAUCACAGUGCGUGUCAGACUGUAAUUCUUGUACCAUAUGUGUUUGUCUUUCUGCUUUAGUGGCAAUAUGCAUGGCUUUUUUUAUAUUAAUAUUGCUAAUAUGCAGUACCUUCCCGAAUAUGUUGAAUUGACGAUGUUUAACGGACCUAAACUAAUUGGCAUACUUUUAGUGUGCCUUUAAAUUGUUUGGAACCUUUUCCCGUCUUAGCACAUGUCAUUUUCUUAGUUUUAAUCAUAGCAGUUCAAAUUUUUGUUUGUCAUUUUAAUUUCGGUGUCUUACCAUUUUGGAAAUGUGUUCUAUAUUAUGUUGGCUUCCUUUGCAUAAUUAUCAUACAUGUAUAUCACUUAAUGGUUCGUGUUUAGCGAUGGUCUUCUAAUCAAUUAAGUGAGAUAAUAAAAAUGAUAAUGAUAACCAAAAAUAAUUUAUAGGUCAAAGUUUUGAAAUUGUGAAAUGUUUGUUAUAAUACAUGUAUGUCUUCCACAGGACUCUUCCCUGAUUAGAUCAGAUGUUAAGAUGAUUAGUUUACACCAGCAUAUUAUAUAAAAAUCAUACUUUUUAUUUUGUCCGGUUUCAUUUUUCUUUUUCUUUUUUCAAUGCUUGAUGUUGCAUUAUUUGCAUAUGUAUAAUGAUAUUUUGUCUUUUGAAAGUGAAAAUUGUUAAAAAAAAGGAAAUUUAUUUUCAAAUGGGAAAAGGCCAUCUCAAAGUACAAUUUCGUGAGAAAUAUUAUGAUAAACAUAUCAAGAUAAGUAGAAAUUUAUGUUGCUAUUAAAAAGUUAUUUAAUAGAAUAAGGUCAUUUCAUAUUUUCUCAAGUUGUGCGUCAAUGACUUUUCAAUAUCAUACAUACAUUUAUCUUAAAGCAUGAAAUUAAACUAGUUUGAUAGUCUUUUAGAUUAUCUGACAAAAAGGUCAAACUUUGUUCCGAAGUAAUUAUCAGAAAAGACCUGCAAAAAAGCUUUUAAUUAAUCGUAAAAAAAUAAAUGUAUGCUCUUCAUGUAUACAUAUCUGUUACAGGUGAAGGAAAACAGAACAAAAAAUAUUAUGUCAGUAUUAUUUUGUAUUUGUUUAUUUAUUUAUUUUUUUAAAUGUUACACUUGCACUGUUUAAGUACCACUUCUCGCUUUUAAUUGUGUUGUAUUAGUUACAAUUCUUUUUAAAGGUGUAGUUUAAAGGCCUAGUUUGAUCCUUCUAUAAGUGACCCCCCCAAAAAAAAACAAAAAAAACCGUGUAUUGUACACAACCUCUGUGCAUUGAUCUUAAUCUAUUUGCCUAAUUGGCUUUUCAGAUCUCUGAUCUGAAUAUCCUGCUGUGCAGCUUUGGAGGUUUUAUUAUAGAAAUGGACCCUUAAUUGCCCUGAGCCAAUAAACAAAUACACAGGAAAUUGGCCCCUACUGUGACAUCAGUGCAUUUAGCAGGAGAUGCACAGCAGGGAAUUGUCAUGCCAAACAUUCCUUAAACUAGGCAUUUAAGCCUUCUAUAAGUGACCCUUCCCCCCCCCCCCAAAAAAAAAAAAAUCAAAAAAAAAAAAUCGGUGUAUAGUACACAUCCUCUGUGUAUUGAUCCUAAUCUAAUUGCCUGGUGCCGUUUUAUCAGAUGCCCGGUCUGAGUAUCCUGCUGUGCAGUUUUGGAGGUUUUAUAAUUGAAAUGGACACUAAAUAGCCCUGAGCCAAUAAACAAAUACACAGGAAAUUGGCCCCUACUGUGACACCAGUGCAAUUAGCAGGUGAUGCACAGCAGGGGAUUGUCAUGCAAAACAUUACUAAAACUAGGCCUUUAACAGUUUUAUGGUCCUUGAAUAUAACUUCCAAGUAGUAGGUAGAUUGUGUGUUACAAUCAGCAGUAUGUAUACCAUUGAGAGUAAAGAUACGAUUUUAUUAAAAUUGUUAAUAUUUUGGGACAAUAUGUGGACACAACAGUUGAAAUACACCAUCUAGUACUUAAACAGUAAUUUAAGAUUUUUUUAUUCAUUAGAUUAGAUGCAUGUGUGUUCGCUCACUCGCAGGUUUAGAACUCUAAAAUGUUUCUUGUGAAUAAAAAAAAACAUUUUUUGUCAUUUUUUAAUAAGGCAAUAUGGUUUAGAAGUGAUUUAAAUAUUUUUCAAAUUUACAAUUUAAAGAAAAAGUAUGCACAUUAAUCACGGCACAAUUUUCUUUUAUCAGUAUUGCAAUGCACUCAUAGCACAAUUCACUGUCUGUCUGUCUGUCUUUGAAGAAUGUUAUUUAUGCGCCCGUAUAUGCUUAUAAGUAGAAAGUUAAGAAUGUUUUACAUUGUACUUAUGCGUGCGUGUACCUUGUUGAGCAAAAUGAUUUAUGUAUCGAGUUGUGAAUGCGAACAGGUUCUAAGUGACAUCAAAUAAAGAAGAUAGAACCUAUUCGCUUUUACCCUUCGAUAUGUGUUCGUUUACUUGUAUUUACUCGUGGCGUUAAACUGCUGAGUUAAAUGUUUGAUUUAUGCACGCGUUUAUGCUGUUGAGUGUAAAGUUGUAUUUAAUCGUGCGUAAAUGCUGUUGAAUAGAAGUUUAAAUUAUUCAUGUGGUACUGCUGCUGAGUAGAAUGUUUUAUUUAUGCGUGCGUUUAAGCUAAUGAGUAAAAACUUGUACUUGGUUAUGCUUUUAUGCUGUUGAGUAGAAUGUUUUAUUUAUACGUAGUUUAUGCUGUUGAGUAGAAUUGUUUAUUUAUGCGUGCAAUUAUGCUGUUGAGAAGAAUGUUUUAUUUGUGAGUGCGAUUAGGCUAUUGAAUGGAAUGUUUUAUUUGUUCGUGCGUUUAUGCUGUUGAGAAGAAUGUUUUGUUUAUGCAUAGUUUAUGCUGUUGAGUAGAAGGUUUUAUCUAUGCAUAAAUUAUGCUGUUGAGUAGAUAUUUUUAUUUAUGCGUACGUUUAUGCUUUUGAUUAGAAUGUUGUACUUUCUCGUGCGUUUAUACUAUUGAGUAAAAUGUUUUAUUCAUUCGUGCUUUAUGCUGUUAAGAAGAGAUGUUGAUCUAUGCUUAGGUUUAUGCUGUUGUAAUGUCAAAAGUGCUUUUGUGAAACAUUUAUGAUUUUGUUUAUAUUUUUACCCAUAUAUAUAUUUUGAAGACCCUGCAUGAUAUUUGUGAUUAAACUUGAAGAGUUAAAACUG